GAUCUUAUAACAAAUCAGACAAAAGCCUCCUCGCAUCUCUGUCUUGGGAUCUGAUUCUGAAUCUUCUUCAUAUUUUCUCUGAUAGAAAAAAAAAACAAAAGAGAUCACAAGAGAAGAAAAUAAAAAAUGCCUCACGGAACUCUUGAAGUCGUUCUUGUCAGCGCCAAAGGUCUCGAGGACGCUGAUUUUUUGAAUAACAUGGAUCCUUAUGUGCAACUCACUUGUCGGACUCAAGAUCAGAAGAGCAGUGUUGCAACAGGGAUGGGGACAACUCCAGAAUGGAAUGAGACAUUUAUCUUCACUGUCUCUGAAGGAACUACAGAGUUAAAAGCUAAAAUCUUCGACAAAGAUGUCGGCACAGAGGAUGAUGCGGUUGGUGAAGCAACAAUCCCAUUGGAGCCAGUUUUCUUGGAAGGAGAUAUCCCACCAACUGCAUACAAUGUGGUGAAAGACGAAGAGUUCAAAGGCGAGAUUUGGGUCGCGCUCUCCUUCAAGCCCUCGGAAAACCGAAGCAGGGGUGUUGAAGAGGAGUCGUAUGGAGGUUGGAAAAACUCUGAAGCAUCAUACUAAGAGAAGAAACCAAUGUUGUGUGUUACUACUGUUGUGAAAUGAAUCUUGGGAAUGAAAUAUGUUGAGAGAGAGUUACUUCUUCUCAUUAUUAAUGUUCUUGUGUUCGGAUUGUUUUCAUUGAUUCAAAAAAAAUCCUGGGAUUUUGAUUCUUCAUUCUUCUUGUCAAGCAAGAACUUGUUUUGGUAUGGAGAGAUUUUUUCAUUUCUUGAGUCUAUAAAACUUGUUUUGGGUAUU